AUGAGCUAUGAGCUGUGGUACACAGGUGCCCUGUCGCAGGAGAGAACACAGGAGUGGGCAACAAUGAAGCCAGAGGAGGAGAUGACUGAGGAGACCUUCCUCAAGGAACUCUAUGCCUAUAUGAAGAAUCGAGACACUCCCAUUGAAAGAAUACCUCACCUCGGAUUCAAGCAGAUUGAUCUCUUUGUGAUGUUCAAGACUGUACAGAGCUUGGGAGGAUACAACCAGGUUACAGCCCACCAGUUAUGGAAGCAGGUGUACAACAAGCUGGGGGGGAACCCUCGCAGCACCAGUGCAGCCACUUGCACACGUCGUCACUAUGAGAAGCUGAUCCUGCCAUAUGAGUGCUACUUGAGGGGAGAAGGCAAUAAGGACUUAACCCUUCCCCGCCAGCAGAAACGAUUGCGUCCCAGCUAUCCUCAUGGCGAGGAGGAGGGCCUCCGAGGCGGAAAACGCAGCACAGCUUAUGGACAUGCGCACACUCUACACCAGAAUUCCCAUGCCUUCUUAGAAGACAGAGCCAGGGUCAUUCCAAUGCCUGUGCACCUGCAACAUUAUUUCCAGUCCAGCGGUGCAGCACUGCCACCUUACCUCCCAGCCUCCCCUACCAGGUCAACACCCCUGCCCCAUCCUGACUCCAGGGCCUUCUACAUGCCACCACCCCUGGAAGUGAGCGAAAGGCCAAGGCAGCACCUGGUUGUACUGCGCACGUUAGCAAAUGAGUACAUGUCCUCCUCGGGUUGGGCUGAGCCCUUAAAUCUGAGCUGCAAAGAGGGGGGCAUCAGCAAAGUCAGCCAGCAGCCUUCCUCCUUUACCCCAACCAGCAGCAACAAGACUCCUAAAUUUCUCAACAAGGUGGUCCCCCUUUAUCAGGCCUGCAGUGUAGCCAAAGAAGAGGGACCAGAGGUGUUGGAUCCCGAAGUGGCCACUGCAAAGCCCAGUCCUGCUGGUCCAAGUAUCUGUCCCUUCCCAGCUAUGAGAGAUGUCAUUGAUCUCGCUUCCUCUGCAGUCUCACACAAUUCCUCUCCAGAGACAGAUCCCACCAUUAAGACAGAGGCUUUUAGCACCUCACCACUGUGGCAUCGUGGUCCGGCUGCUCCAGAUGUGCGGACUACCAAGAUCCCAGAAACGUCUAAACAAGAAGGGGAAUCUCCCAAGCCUAGCCAAAGUCCCCUCAAUCUAAGCUGCUCUAUGAUGAAUUCAUCCAGUGAGUCUUCAGGUAGGAUGGAGAUCCAGAUCCCACUGGCCCUGCUGCAGGACUGGUUUAAGGGUACCAUCGUGUCAGGUCUCCGUAACAGAUUCAGUGCUGUGGCCUUGGAGUCCCGUGAGAGUCACAUGAAGGGAGGAGAGGGAAGGUUACCGAUGCAAGUGAAUUCAGAGGCAGCACUUGUGAGGGACAAACCCUCAGAUCCGAGCUUCCAUAAACACCAAAGGAACAAUGAUAGCAGCUUCAAGGGGGAGGACAGAAACUUCAAUGGCUCCAUCACCAAGCAGAGGCACACCACAAAUGGAGAUCACUAUGCCAGCAUCAAACGGCACCAUCAUCCACUCUCACCUGGCAUCACAGCCAGGGAGUGGGAGGCCAACACAGAAUGUAGACGGGGCUUUGAACCAUACCACCAAAACAUGUUUUCAAAGGGUCCUACUGGCAGCAAUCCCUACCACUUUUACCUCCAGAACAAAGAUUAUGUAGCACAGAAGACAUCCCCCAUGGGGCUGAUGGAAGCUCAGGACCUGGUGGUGGGAAGAAACAACAGUCAGGUCCAGUCAGCCUCUCUAAAAUCACCACUGGGUACCCAUGAGCAAGAACAGCGAAGCACAGGCCAUUUGUCCCCGACUUACAGGUGUGCAACCUCACCAGCCCUGCUUGGGCCACAUGAGAAAGCCCAAUCAAUGAGCAGACCCGCCAACGUCUACAUGGUCAACUCUACCUCAUCAUCCCUGCAGGCUCUCACCCAGGAAGAGUACCUUAAACUGAGGCAACUCAUCUCCAAUUCCCUGUGA